AGAUCACCAGGACAAAAGGUAGCUCAUGCCUUAUUUCACUUUGCGGACCCAAAAGCAGCCAACAUAACGCUACGCGACGGUAUCUACAUCGGUCAGGAGAAGUUUCACCCACGCAAAGAUAAACGGGAGCCAGUAAGAUGCGUCAAGUGCCAAACCUGGGGACACAUAGCAAGAGACUGCAAUGCCCCAACGGACACCUGUGGGACGUGCGGAAAGAACCAUAGAACCAACGACUGCAACGCUUAUCGAACCUUCCACUGCGUAAGCUGCAACUCACAAGAUCACGCAAGCUGGGACAGAAACUGUCCUGAAUUCGAAAAUCGCUGCGCAGGAAUCGACGCUAAGCUCCCAGAGAACUCUAUGCCUUACUUCCCUACUGACGAAGACUGGACA